GCGCCUGCGCGAACCCGGCGCCAUUUUGGUGGCCGGGCGCGGAGGUGAUUCCACACUCUGGAGAGCGCGGCGGUAGGGGUGGCGUUGGCAGCGUUCGUGUGCUCGGGUGUGAAUCGCAGAGGGAGGAGGCGGUGGAGGAAGAGGUGGCGGCGGUGGCGGUGGUCGUAACGGUGGCGGAGGAGGCGGGUACGAAUCAGCUGCGGGCGGAGACAUGGCCAACAUCGCGGUGCAGCGAAUCAAGCGGGAGUUCAAGGAGGUGCUGAAGAGCGAGGAGACGAGCAAAAAUCAAAUUAAAGUAGAUCUUGUAGAUGAGAAUUUUACAGAAUUAAGAGGAGAAAUAGCAGGACCUCCAGACACACCAUAUGAAGGAGGAAGAUAUCAACUAGAGAUUAAAAUACCAGAAACAUAUCCAUUUAAUCCCCCUAAGGUCCGGUUUAUCACUAAAAUAUGGCAUCCUAAUAUUAGUUCCGUCACAGGGGCUAUUUGUUUGGAUAUCCUGAAAGAUCAAUGGGCAGCAGCAAUGACUCUCCGCACGGUAUUAUUGUCAUUGCAAGCACUACUGGCAGCUGCAGAACCAGAUGAUCCACAAGAUGCAGUAGUAGCAAAUCAGUACAAACAAAAUCCCGAAAUGUUCAAACAGACAGCUCGACUUUGGGCACAUGUGUAUGCUGGAGCACCAGUUUCUAGUCCAGAAUACACCAAAAAAAUAGAAAACCUAUGUGCUAUGGGCUUUGAUAGGAAUGCAGUAAUAGUGGCCUUGUCUUCAAAAUCUUGGGAUGUAGAGACUGCAACAGAAUUGCUUCUGAGUAACUGAGACAUAGAGCUGCUGAUAUAGUCAAGCUUGCCCCUUCUUGAGGAGCAUCAACAUCUGUUAUUUUUAGGAUUCUGCGUAGAUUUCUUUUAAACUGGCAUUCUUGCCUAAUGAUGUUAUCUAGGCACCAUUGGAGACUGAAAAAAAUCUCUGCUCUGUAAAUAAAGCUAAUUAAACGUCUCUGUAAAUUUAAAAAGGGGAAAUACUUUAAUUUUUUUCUUACUUAAUAGUGUAAAAAUUCUUUGAGCUAAGCUAAAACCAUGGAAAAAACAUGCUACUUUAGUGUUUAGCAGUGUACCAAGACUAGCAAGAGUUUGCUUCAGGAUUUUGUUGAAUAAUUAAGAUAAUAUUUUGAGUGUGUCAGGGCCAUUCAAAUUGUUGGUGUUGCAUCACAGCUACCUUAACUGUUUUUAACAUGGACCCUCUGUGCCUGUGAAUUUACUUGCAUGCUUGUACUUGACUUCUUAGGAUGGGUAGCUGAAAAGACCACCAUUUUAAGCAUUUGAGAAUUCUUAAAUAUGAGAUUAUUCAGAAUUGAAGAUGGUGACCUAUUCAGAGCCUUUUUGUCCUUGUCAACAGACUGGGACACCAUAUCUGUUUUUCCCCUCUUACACACACAGCUAAUAUUCUAAUAGUAAAUUUCUCUAUUUGGUGGGGAAAUGUGCUGAGGGACAGUAUCCCUUGCUCCAUUUUUAGGUUGUCCAUUUGGAAUGUUUUGUCACAAUUCUUCACUCUUAGAACUUUCAUAUAUAAGUAAGUAAUAAUGUAAAAAUGGAGCUGCCAGUUUCAUUUCUCUUGCAAAAACAGUAAAAACUUGAUGUUGCAGUACUCCCAGAUUUAAUGAAAGAACCCAGCUUAAUUUUUCAGUGAAUUUAACAUCUUUCUAUUUUUAAACUGAUGAAGUUUUUUGUUGACAACUUGCAAGGAUGAAAUCAACUGUUAGCAGUUUUUUAAGCCUAAUUUUGGCUUUAUAAGAGAUUGCUUUAUCAGAUCCUUUAAAAGUCACUCUUGCUUGCAUUUCCCCCUAUUGACACAUGAAAGCUGUGUUGGUGUUUUACUGUACAUACUUCAGAUGCACAUAGGAAUAGAAGUGUGUUAUAAAUCUAGCUUUCUUUAUGAUGUUUCUGAUAAUAUGAGAAUUGAAAACUUUACCUUCUCUUGUACAUAGUCAGACUUUCUAUACGUAUUAAACUUACAUUUCAUUCUAA